AUGGUCCAGCAGCGCAGCAACAACUCGCACGGCCAUGCCCAUCCCGCCGGGGGAUUAGCCACCGACAGAUCUGCAGAUCGAUCCCAUGGCCAUAGCCAUGGUGUCCAUGGUGGUCAUGUGGAGCAGAUCGAACUGCUGAUCGACGAGAAGUGCCGCAUCCUAAACAAGACGGGCACUCCCAAGUCGAGCGCCCUGCACCUGGCCAACUGGAUGAAGGGCCAGCUGGACAAGCAACAGCAACAGGCCCGUCUGGCGGCCAUCGCAAGGUCGCAGGAGAAUGUAAGCGCCGAGGAUGAGCAAAAAUGGCGGUCUAUCGGCGAAGCCCAAUUUCGGGGGCAAGCGAUUGAGCGGCGUCGAAGAGCUCAGCAUGAGCGCCGCCUCGGAUAUAUACUCCACCUCGGAGGCGGAGGGCGUAAUCAGUGUGAUCAGUCAGUCGCACAGCACCACAUCGGACAGCCAGAGGCAACGGAUGACAGCGUCGCAGCGAUGCCCAACAGUAGUAGCAGUGCCGGCGAAGGAAUCUCAAUCCCAACUCCAAGCUCCAAGCUACGUCAUCUAGAUCCACCAGUCACCACAGCAUCAUCCUUGCCCAAUGGUCACUGCUCAGCCGGCGGUGGUUCACCAAAACCACUGCCACCACCACGUCGCACCCGCAUCGUGGCCCAAAUGUGCCAGGAACCACUUAGGCCAAAGGCCAACCAGCAGGUCAAGGCCAUUGUGACCAUUACAGAGACGGCUAGGAUUAUGCGGAGCAGUCCAACGAAAGGAUCAGGAUCGGGCUCCGGCUCGGUGGGUGGUUCCCCAGCGAAAUAUGCCGCCUGCCAUUGCCGCUGCACUCCGGAGGACUUCACUCAUGCCCAACUCUCGCCGGAUAAGAUGGAGCAUCAGACGUGCAAACUACUUGAAUCCCCGAAACAAACGGCCACCACUGUGCAGCAGAAGCAGGAGGACGAGCAGUUGUCCCUGAUGCUCAUUGGCCUGGCUCAAUUUGCUCCAGCUGCCAAACUGUGCGGUCAGGAGAGGAUCAAGGAGCUCAAGGAGGAUAUUAACAGUACGCCGACGAUAGCUGUGGUCCCACCCACUCCCGAUUCGGUGCUUACAAAGACUAGCACUCAUGUCUGGGACAACAGUGGUUGCUCCUCGAAUGGCGGGGGAACUUCAACCACCAGCACCGCCACCACGACUACAAAACAACCCCGGCAGGCCAUCAUUGAGAAUAUCCCAGAGGAUUCGUGUGACGAAUCACCUUUGGACGAGGAACCACCCUAUCGACCCAUGAGUAGUGCCCUUCGGCGAUUCGGAACCAUGUCCAGCCUAGAGAAGCUGCCCUCCGAUGACCGAAUGGAUGAAGCCGAUGAGCUGGACGAUGAUAUGGAACCCUUUACACCAAAUGGCCAUGAUCGUAAUAGUCCCCAAAUCGAAGAAGAAGAUGACGAAGAUGCGAAUUCCGACCGAGCCUUGGUGCAAAACGAUUUGGGGGCCUCGAGUUCAUCGGGUGGCGUUGUGGUCAACGGCGAAGUCCUGGCCAGUGGAGCGUGGACAAAUCGGGCGGGAGCCUUUGUCUCCGACAAGAUGUCCUUUUUCGAGGAGUCGCGUGCCUUCAUAGACAAGUAUUUGGGCCGCUGGAAUGCCGGCGAUGCUCAACAACAACAGCAGGGAACAGCCUCGGAGACGGAUGAGCAAAUGGAUGAGUGCACCUCGGGAGCCACAAGUGGUGAGGAGGUUUGGGGCACGCCCACCAGUGGCGGGGAUAACGAUGAUCAGGACAUGCAGCUGAUCAAUUCGGAGAACACGCAUUCGUCGCCCACCAAGUCGAGCACCUCUUUAAAUGACGACGAUGACACGGAACUGAUGAUGGACGAACUGCUCAUGGCGCCUCCGAUGACGGCCAGCACUAUUCGAGGAUUGCUGCCACGCUUUUACAGACGUCGGCUUGAGCCCCUUUUUGAGGAGGAGACGGAGAGCGACGAAGAGAAGACGCAGCAGGACAACGAUGACGUCAAAAAGGGGGAAGCAACGACCAAUGGCCACUACCUAGAGGAUUCGGCUGGAAGUUCAAGCGACAGCGAGGCGGUGCCAUCAGUCCCACCACCAGUUCCUCGGCCAGCGGUGCCGGAUCGGGAGGAGGAUCCAUCGGCGGAGGACAUGGACCAGGACCUGGAGGAGGAUCAGUCGGCGGAGGACAAGGACCAGGAGGAUACGCACUCCAGCGUGGAGCGACUGCAUCCGAAUCUGGCCACGAAUGCGAUGGGGCCGCGUCCCUUGCUCACCACCCGUCUGCUGCCCACCACGGCCAUCGAUCCUCAGCCACCGGCAGCGGUGGUGGUGGCCUCAUCCUGCGAGUAUCUGCUCGAUCAGCGCCCCUCGAGCGGAUCAGGACGCGAUCCCGCCGGCGGGAUCAGCUGCAGCAACACCACCAGCACCACCACAACCACGACGCCAUUCACUCGGCCGACGCAUCCGUCUCCGGCGAAGCCAGCAGUGACGCCGAUCGGGAUGAUGACGAAGACGAUGACGACGACGGUGAUGACGAUGACGACGACGACGACGCCGAGUCGAGCUCCCUCAUCGAUUACUACAAUAACCAGCAGCGCGAGCGGCACUACGAACUCCGGCGGCAGAGCCAGCGGCAGGCCUCCGAGAUUUGUGCCGCCGCCACCGCCACCGCGUCGCUUGCUCCUCACGCAGACCGAUCUAAGCGCUGCCCAGGCCAAAACGGAGCCACAACGAAAAAAAUCUGGCGCUACUGCUGACAAUGGCUCCUCGGCGGUUGCCGGCGGCGCCGCCAGCGGUUCGGACCCAAUCGCUACCGGGUCAAGGACAAUGCCAUCAACGCCGAGUACCAGCAGCUCGGCGGCAGCGCCAGCGUUGGGGGUGGGGCCAAAACGACCGUCGUCAACGAUAAUCGAGACCUGCCUGCUGGGGGCACCCAGGCCCGCCUCAGCCACUUCAUCAGCAACAGUCUCGAUCUCGAGGAUGGCAAAGCCGAUCCGCCAGAGUCCCACCCACCACAGCAACUACAACAGCCCACAGCCGAGGGGGCAGAGCAGCCCAGCUGCAGUGGCACAGCCAGCUGCACCACCAGACGCACCACCCGCUGCCCCAGUGCCCCACGCUGGAUGCGGCCUAAGCCCAAGGCUGGAAAUGCGGCUGGCCCUCAACCACGACAUCCUCGGGGACGAGGACUUGAUCUGCUACGAGCCUGGUCCAGAUCUAACAACUAUUCUGGGGCACGACCUCUCCACAUUUCAUCGUCUGACGGGUCGCGAUUUAUUGAGUCGUUCAGCCACGAACAGGGUGCAGCCAAGAGAGGCUGUCAUAUCGUACUCUCAACAACGCAACUCAAAGAUGGACACGCCGACGGUGAACCGCCGGCCCCGCCCCCUCUCAGCGGGCGCCUUGGGCGGCUCCAUCAGCAACAACAAUCACAGUCGCAGCAGCAGCAGCCACGGCAGCAGUCCGCUCGCCGGUGGUUUAACCCGUGCAGGCGUCGAGCCAAUGGGUCAGCUGGUGGUUCAAGCAGGUGGUGGAUUUGCUGGUCGAGUCGCCGGAGGGAACGUAAACGUCGGCGACAACAACACCGCCUCCAGCUCCAACAGAGGCGGGAGCAAAUUAGGCGAUCUGGAAAUCUUAGCGAGACGCGAGAAGAUAUACUCCAUGUCUCAAUCGAGGAGUGGCUGUCGAGUCAGGGAGACGACCACAUCCACGUCCACGAUGAGCACGACCACUCUGGUGGCCAUGGCUACGGAGAUGCGUUCGGGGAUGGAUUCGAGUUCGGAGAAACGCGGCUCUUCUUGGCCCAAACGAGCAGCUGCAGCAGCCUCUCUGACGAGGACGAGGAGUACUACUUCGAUGGACGGAGCGGGAGCCAUCAGUACCACAACCACAACAACAAUGACUGAGGAGGCAUUCCUCGAGACCGAAGUGGGCAGAUCAAAGCGAUUAAUAAACUUUAUAAAGCGUCGCAACUCCGAGAUAACCGCCAGUAGCACAAGCAGCACCCCCAACUUCUCCGACGGCGCCUUUGGCGAGCAGCCCCAUCCGAGCCACAGCCAGAGCAGUAUUCUUCUCCAGAAGCUGCCGCCGGGUCAGCCGCAGGCCCAGGAUUCAGUCGAGAUGGCCCAGAUGUCGCCGCGCAAGGAUAACGACAAGCCAUCACUGAACCGCCGCCUGUGGAAGCAGAUCACCAAACGCCGACGCACCAAUUCCGUGUCCCAAAUAGUCGCAGGCUAGGGAUUCAUCACCACCACCCGAUCCACUUGUCCCCUCUGUUACUGUUACUAACUGUGUUCUGUGGGUAGUUUUAGCUAAGCAUCUGAAGAACCUAGACUAGCGAUUACCGAUGAGCAAUGAUCGAUGAGCGAUGAUUGAUAACCAUUUGCACGGGGCAGCCCGUCGAUAGGCAGUGAUCAACUGCAACCAUAUCACGGUGAUCUUUGCGGGCUGUCCCAACCGAAAGAACUGGCAAAAUGCAAAACCAAACACUUUGUAGUAUGUUAAGAUUUUUGAUACGACUUUGUAGCUAGCGAAUCCCCCGGAUCGGAACGAUACCGGGUAGCUCUAGGCGUCCAAUUGCGUCCAAAAACGAUAAAGCGAUUAAAGAUUAAAACGAUAAAAAUCGAUUCUCCUGCCAGCAGAGCCAAGGAACCGAGUCCCAGCCAAAUAAGAUUUAGACAACGAAUGGCAGUCAGUUGGUAAUACUGGGCACACACACACUCACUCCAAAAUAGACAUUAUAGACAUUUUAGACAUUAAAAACAUAACACAUAACACUUGCAGUCCAGCCAAAUGAAUUAGGAUCUAGUGGAGUUCGUACACUGACUAUUUUUUAGAGAUCAUGAUUAUGUCUUAUAGCUUAGCAGUUUCGGGCUUUUGUUGCGGGAUUGAGACAGUGAAAUGGCCUUACGUAUCCAAUGAACUAUUGUGUGGGUAGCUUAACGUAGUAGUCUUUAUACACAUAACAUUUACAGCCUCAGCAGUUCGUAGUAGUCAUAGUCAGUCGUUAGUUGUCGGUCGUAAUACAAUUUUUAGUACUUGAAUUCCACGUUUUUCUCAACUAUUUACAAACGGAACUUUUGCAUCAGUUGAAUCUUAUAUAUAUGCAUAUAGUAUAUAUAUAUUAAGAAACUUGGUAGUUCAUUUCACAUUGAAAUUGAUAUUGGAAUUGGAAUCGGAAUCGAGUAAACGAAUAGCACGAAAAUUGUUGAAUGCAGCCCUGAGCUGUGAAAAUGCUAACAAAUUAUACGAAUUAAUAACUAACGAUCGAGUACAUUUAUCAGCUUUAAUAGAAAAUCUAAUAUAUAUACAUGGAUCUAAAUAGUUCUAGUUAUAGUUAUAUAAUUGACAUAAACGAAUUACUUUUGAAUAGUGAGUACGCGAUCGAUUUAUUAGGCAUUUAUCACUCAGAUUCACUCGAUGCAUUCAUUGAUCCAGCACCGAUUACACAACGUGAGAUAUUCAGUAAAUUACUUUGUAAUUCAGAUACACACAACGGAUUUUAUGUAUAUGGCUACCGAAGUAUACAUAACAUCUGUGGUAUACAUUGAUUUUUUUGGUCGAACUUUGUAUUUUACCAGAGUAGUAGAGUGCAAAAAUGAAUUUCUCUUGAAAUUCGAUAAGAAAUUCAAUUAUUUAAAGAACAAAUUCCAAAGACAAGCAUCUAAAUAAAUUCAAUAUACAAUAAAUCAAAA